AUGGAGGACAUAGACGAGUCUAUCAAUUUUGCAAGAGAAGCCCUGGAAGACACACCAGAAGACGAUCCCGAGCGAGUGGUGUGGCUAAGCAACCUCGAAUUCCAACUUGGCAGCAAGUACUUGCUCACUGGAGACGUAACAGACUUGGAAGAGUCUAUUACUUUUGCAAGACAAGUUAUUCAAAUGAUAACAGAUGACGAUCCAGACCGAAAUUUAUGUCUCAGCAAUCUUGGACUUCGACUGGGUGAUAGAUACUUGUGCACAGGAAAUGUUGAAGACCUAGAAGAGGCAAUUGUGAUUGCCAGAGAAUCUGUAGAAAUAACACCAAAAGAUCAUCCAGGCCGACCCAGGUGCCUAACAAACCUCGGAAAUCGAAUUGGCGACAGAUAUUCACGUACUGGAGAUAUAUCGGACCUAGAAGAAGCUACAGCUAUCGCUCAGGAUGUUGUCAAUUCUACACCAGCAGAUGAUCCACAAAGAUCUAAACGACUAAACAAUCUUGGAAUUCGAUUUGGCGACCAGUAUUUACGUACCGGAGCCAUCCAAGACCUAGAAAAGGCUAUCAAAAUCACUCAAGAGGCUAUCAAAGCUACGCCAGAAGAUCAUCCAAGUCGAGUUUUGUACCUUAAUAAUCUCAGCGUUCGACUAGGCGACAGAUACUUACGUACUGGAGCGAUAGUGGACCUAGAAGAGGCUCUUUCUAUUACUCAAGAGGUUGUUAAAGUUACGCCAGAAGACCACCCAGACCGAGUUACAUACCUUAGCAAUCUUGGGACUCAUUUUGGCGAUAGGUACCUACGUACUGGAGCUAUGGCGGAUCUCGAAGAGUCAAUCACUAUUGCUCGAGAGGUUGUGAAAACCAGACCUGAGGGUCAUCCAAAUCACGCUGUAAGCUUAUAUAAUCUUGGACUCCGACUUGGACUCAGAUCAUUGCGAACUGGGGCAUUAGUAGACUUCAAUGAGGCCGUAGCUGUCGCUAGGGAUGCUGUGAAAGCUACACCAGAAGACCACCCAGAGAGAUGUCGUAGGUUACACGAAGUCGGAAACCUACUAAACGAGAGAUAUCUACGGACUGGAGCCGUCAAAGAUCUAGAAGAGGCCAUCGAUAUCACUCGAGAGGCUGUGAAAGCCACACCAGAAGAUCAUCCUGACCGACCUAACAGGUUAACCAGUCUUGGGAACCAACUUAGCGACAGAUACUUACGCAACGGAGCAACAAAAGAUCUGGAAGAAACCAUUACUAUCGCUAGAGAGGCUAUCAAGGCUACACCAAAAGGUCAUCCAGACAUGGGUGGACGGCUAAACUGUCUUGGAGUUCGGCUUAGCAACAGAUUUUCCCGCACUGGAGCCAUAGAAGACCUUGAUGAGGCAGUUACUGUGGCUAGAGAGGCUGUUCGAGCCACGCCAGGAGACCAUCCAGACCGAUCUAAGCCAUUAUCAAAUCUCGGAAUUUGGCUUAAUCAUAGAUACCUCCGCACUGGAGCAAUAUUGGAUCUGGAGGAGGCUAUCAAUAUGGCCCGGGAGGCCAUAAAAGCUACGCCAGAAGACCAUCCAAAACAAGCCACAUGGCUAAAUAACCUUGGUCUUCAUCUCAGCGACAAAUACUCGCGUAAUCGAGACUUAUUAGACUUGGAAGAGGCGAUAACUACUAUUCGAAACGCUGUUAGAGUCAUAGCAUACAACCAUCCAGACCGAGCGAUGUGGCUAGGCAACCUUGGAACUCUUCUUGGCGACAGAUACUUGCAUACCGGAACGGUAGAAAACCUGGAAGAGGCUAUCUCUAUCGCCCAAGAAGCUCUCGAAGCCACGCCCGAAGACCAUUCAGAUCGAGUAUUGUGCCUUACUAAUCUUGCAGCUCGACUAUACGACAGAUAUCUAUACACCAGAGCGAUAGCAGACCUAGAUGAGGCCAUUUCAAUCACUCGAGAGGCGAUUGAAACCACACCAGAAAAUCACCCAGGCCGAGCAGCUCGACUAAACAACCUUGGAGUUCAACUCGGCCAGAGAUAUGUAUGCAUGGGGGUCAUGGCCGACAGAGAGGAAUCUAACGUUCGGUUUAACGAGGCAUUGCAAUGUAAAGAAGCUGCAACCAGCGAAAGAUUGCGAGGCGGUCGUAGCUUUUUGGCAUCACCAGACAUUCUCCAAGACGCCCAUGGUGCAUACACCGUUGCGGAGACGUCGGUCAACCUGAUUCCCCUCCUAUCAUCUUUCUCUCUACAAUCUGCCGACAAACAGCAUCAGCUUCGGUGGGCUGUUGGAUUGGCAUCAGACGCCGCUGCUAUUGCUCUACAUUCCGGCCGCGAACCCCUGGCUGCCCUUCAACUGUUAGAGACUGGCCGCGGCAUUCUUGCCAGCUCCUUACAGAAUAUGCGCACCGAUCUUUCCGCUCUCCAACAGGUACAUCCUGAUCUGGCGCGAAAUUUCGCUCAUCUUCGGAACCAGCUUGAUACACCGUCACAGGGAGCUAGUGUCAACUCGACACUGUUACCGUUGGAGAGACCCGCUCCCAUCGACCUGGACCGCCGACACAAAGCUAGUGCCGAUCUACUCAGCCUCUUGGACGAUAUUAGAAGACAUGCUGGCUUCGAGCGAUUUCUCGCGUCUGCCACAGAAGACGAACUACGGGAAGCGGCUUCUUACGGUCCCAUCGUUGUCGUCAACGUUAGCUCACACCGCUGCGACGCGCUACUCGUUGAACGUUGUGGCGUUCGUGUCUUGUGUUUGCCACAACUCACUCUGAGUAGUCUGAAACAGCAUGCAAGUAGUGGCAUAGGCUCAGUCGAAACUCUGUCCUGGUUAUGGGAUGUUGCUGUUGGGCCCAUACUAGAUACUUUAGGUUUUACCGAACCUCCGGUCAGCGACACUUGGCCGCACAUGUGGUGGGUGCCGACCGGGCCCCUUACCCAGUUUCCACUCCAUGCAGCCGGGCACCAUACCAAGAGCGGCGCGCAAACAGCACUAGAUAGGGUCGUCUCGUCGUAUAGCCCCUCUAUCAAGUCUAUUCUGCACACGCGGCAACAGCAACGUCUAGGCGCAACAGCUGUCUCGGACCCGAGUAUUGUCCUUGUGGAUAUGCAAGAUACUCCAGACCGGAGUCGUCUUUGGCAUGCAACGAGAGAGACAGACGCAGUGCGAGAAGUCUGCGAGUCCAUGAGAUUCAUAUGCAACCAGCCUCCGGCGAAGAAGCAAGACGUUUUAACGGCUCUGGGAACUUGUAGUAUCCUACACUUUGCCGGCCAUGGAGGGGCUCGCCCAGACCCUUUACAUAGUCUCCUUCUUUUAAAAGAUUGGCAAAACGACCCUCUGACGGUGGAAGGCAUUCUCGAAACGAACAGCUCUGCCAGCACGCCGUUUCUCGCCUACCUCUCCGCUUGCGGUGCGGGCCAGAUUCAAGACGAAGAUUCGACUGAUGAGAGCAUUCAUCUGGCUAGUGCGUUCCAGUUGGCUGGGUUCCGCCAUGUCAUUGGCACGCUGUGGGAAGUUGAUGACGGGCUGUGUGUGGACAUGGCUAGGUUGACUUAUGAGUAUCUUGUAGCGAACGAGCUAAGUGAUGAAUUUGUAAGCAGAGCACUUCACUUUGCUACCAAGACACUUCGAGAUGGAUGGGUUGUGCGGCAGGCGGAAGCAGAAGCUACAGGGAACGGCCAGGCGGGGAACAGAAAUGCAGAGUUGUGGGAGGAUGAAAAGCAGGACCGGCCAUUGUGGGUUCCCUAUGUUCAUUUUGGCGUCUGA